CUGUAUUCUACUUAAGCUUCUCUGUUAUUGGUUCUUAUUUCAUACAUAAAGUAUAAAUUAUUGUUGGAAAAUUCCAUUAAUUUCCUCUUUAUGAAUGCUUGCGACAUUAUAAGAGUGAAGUCUACGAGGGUCGCUUGUUAUUUUGCAAACACAGAGUUAUCGAUCCAGUUGAUUAAGAUAGAGCUUCCCAAUUGGAGAGAUUCUCCAACACGGCGUUCGACAGCAAUCCUUUCCCGUACGUCACAAUUUUUACUAUGCGCGUUCCCUAUAACGCCCUUUCUCUUUCUGCUGUCCGUUUCUACAUAACGUAAGUCAUGUCCGUCCCGCAAGCCAUAAACGAUAUCACUGCUGCUGUUGUUCAGCCCGCCGGCCCUUCGCCGCUGAAUCCCCUGCUGUCUUCAUGCUCCCGCAAGACGACAUUGCUCGCUUCAUUAAGGAACAAGAAGAGCGGUAAGUCAUUUCCUAUCCUAUACUGUACUUUCGUGCACAAGCCUUACCCUGCUCCUGGCGCUCUCUUUAUUCGCGAUCAUUAUACGUGUCAUCGUGCUGGUAGCUACCACUCCACCGCGAAGAAGCGCCGCGUCAAGCCUUCCAUCCGUUGUGGAUGUCAAGCCCGAAUCUCUGUCUCCUCCUAUGAGGCUGAAAGGGGUUUUGUUGAGGAGUACUUGAGAACGGGCCCCAUCUUUGAGCGUCUCUCCAACUGGAUUGAGGAGCAAGUGCAAAGCAAGUUCACUUGGGCCAAGAUCAAUGAGAUGCUUCGCUUGGACAGCGACACUCUGACCAAGUACGACGCUGUUGAUGGUGGGUGGUCGAUGUUGGCCUUCAUGAGCACAUGGCAGAUUGAGUUUGACAACGCUGAUGAUGGAUGGUCAAUAACUGCUUUGAUGAGUCGAUGGCAGUUGGAGGGUCCUCCAGCUCUGACCUGA